AUGGACGCGCUGCGCUCCGCGGGCCGGGCCCUGCUGCGGAGCCCCAGCGUGCCCCGAGCGCCCUGGGCCGGCGGGCGGCACAAGAAGCUGCCUGAGAACUGGACAGACACGAGGGAGACGCUGCUGGAGGGGAUGCUCUUCACCCUCAAGUACCUGGGCAUGACCCUGGUGGAGCAGCCCAAGGGAGAGGAGCUCUCUGCAGCCGCUGUCAAGAGGAUCGUGGCCACCGCAAAGGCAAGUGGCAAGAAGCUGCAGAAGGUGACCCUGAAAGUGUCACCCCGGGGAAUUGUGCUGAGGGACAGCAGCACCAACGAGCUCAUCGAGAACAUCUCCAUUUACAGGAUUUCCUACUGCACAGCAGACAAGAGCCACGACAAAGUGUUUGCCUACAUUGCCCAGAACCAGCUGAACGAGAGCCUGGAGUGCCACGCCUUCCUGUGCUCCAAGAGGAAAAUGGCCCAGGCUGUCACCCUCACCGUGGCUCAGGCUUUCAGGAUUGCCUUUGAGCUGUGGCAGGCAGCAAAGGAAGAGAAGGAGAAGAGGGAGAAGAUCCUGGCAGCAGAGGGGAGCAGCAGCCCUGGCUCAGCCAGCCCUGCUCACCCUGCCACGGCAGCAGCCCUGGGGAACCUGCUGGACCUGGAGGACCCUGCCAGGACCCCCCUGGGCACCUCUGAGUCCCCAGAGCUGGACAACAGCAGCUUUGGGCCCAGCCCCUCGGUCAACAACAACGUGGUGUGGGAAAUGGAUGAUGGGCUCGACGAGGCGUUCUCAAGACUGGCCCAGUCCAGGACAAACCCUCAGGUGCUGGACACGGGGCUGACAGCUCAGGACAUGCAGAGUGCAGAGACUCUGUCCCCUGUGGACUGGAAUAAAAUGGAGCCCAGCCCAGCAGAGAAGGAUGAACUGUUCAUGUUCUGAGGCCCCAGGACAGGAAUUGUUCCAGGGAUCCUUCCCAGGGCUCUUCAGAGACGCCUCAGCCCCGUUCAGACCAAAGCUUCACCACCAACCUAACACGGAUUUUUCUACCUUGCUUUUCUCUAAGCCACCAACCACUCUUGGACUUAUUUAUUGCCAGUUUACAAAGUUCCUGGAGGUGUGGGGAGAGCUGCACCCCCAGCAGGAGCUGCAGCAGUGCCUGCUCCUCCUGGGCACCACCAAACCCCUCUGGGAGCUCCAGGUUCCUGAUCCUGCCCUGGUGGAACAGACACAGCAGCUGCCUGGCCAGGAGGGUUUGCAGCUGCUGGAAUCAGAGAGGAGCAGAGCUUUUGUCCCAGUCUGUGUCCCAGUCCCAGCUCUCAGCCUCCCUGUGGGAAUCGACGCUUUUUAACCCAAAGACUCCAAGUUCUGCACUUUAACACUUGACCUGAAGGCAGUGGUCCCAGCUGUCAAGGUAAGCAGUGCCUGGAACUCUCUUCAGAAGCUACUGACCCAAAAAGAGCCAGCCUGGCUCCAAGCUGAUCUCACUGAGAUCCCAAAGCUCCAAAACCCCCAGGGAGGGAGGAUUUGUUUGGCUGGAUCCUGCUGGGAAGGGAGGAGCAGCAGGAGCAGAGAUCCAGGUGCCCAGGGCUUGUUCCUGCCCAAAUCCAGGGGGAUUGGAACAAAGGAGCAGAGAUCCAGGUACCCCCAGCCUGCCCAGGGCCUGUUCCUGCCCAAAUCCAGGGGAAUUGGGACAAGGGAGCAGAGAUCCAGGUGCCCAGCCUGCCCAGGGCUUGUUCCUGCCCAAAUCCAGGGGAAUUGGGACAAGGGAGCAGAGAUCCAGGUGCCCAGCCUGCCCAGGGCUUGUUCCUGCCCAAAUCCAGGGGAAAUUGGGACAAGGGAGCAGCUCCUGGCUAUGCCCAUCUAUCCCUGCCUGGGGAAUUGGAUCAAGCAGGAGCAGCUCCUGGCUGUGC